AUGGAUCUCUCACCAUCCACCUGGCGUGUCCUCGGCUUGUCAGUGGCUACAAGCUACAUUGGCUUGGGCACAUUCGCCAUCACAUGCCCAGACCUCGCGGCCAAAUGCUUCGGCAUAUAUCCAGACAGCAGUGACGGCAGUUCGGGGAUUUCACACACAGCAACUACACCAGACCGCCAUAAAGGCAGAGGCACAGAAACCAGCAAAAAUUCCAGCUUGCCGACUGAUAGAGACAACCACGCCGCCGCCGUCUCGACAUCGAUGCUCCUCCUUGGGGCCCGUGAUCUCAGCAUCGGGAUUGCACUCGCCUGGCUGGACUACCAAGAGAACCCACGGACCAUGGGAUCGGUCAUUCUCAGCGGAUUGGUCUUGUGUGUCGUUGAUAUCUAUGAGAUUUGGAGGCUGCGUGGGCCGGGGUGGGCGAGUAUAUUCGCCGCAGGGGCUGGUGUAUGGAUAGGCAUUGGGUUUGGAUUGGUCCAGUAG